AUGCAGAAAGGUGAGGAAAUUUCAACAGAUUACAUUCCGCAUUACGACGAGUCGACAUGGAUGGCUGAUAGAAGUGACAGACAUAUGGCUGAAGAGUAUUUAAGGUGUAAGAAAAAGGGCACUUUCCUUAUUAGACGCAAAACAGAAGAUUCCUACGCUCUAUCGAUUGUUGCACCGAACCCAAACAAAGAUGGUUUAACAAUUGGACAUUGUCUCAUCGAUAAAACGGAGACGGGCUACGGAUUUGCCGAGCCUUUCUACAUCCACAAGGACUUGAAGGAUUUAGUUUUGCAUUAUAGGGAAACAUCUCUCAUUGAAUAUAACGAUAUACUUGAUGUUAGGCUUGAAUUUCCUGCAUUUGCCAAUUAA